UUGCUGUCUCUGCUUCUUGUAGAAGCGUGCUGCUUGACCGCCGGGAGAGAUGAACUCGGCGCUGAGGAGGUCGGUGCCCGGGCUGCUCCCGGGUGUGCUGCAGCACGCGUGCGGGGCAUUAAAGUCUUCCUGGUGCCGGCUGCUAUGUGCGAGCGCACAGAUGUCUCCAGGUUCUACAGCCAGUCCCAUCAGUGACCAAAGCACAAAAGAAGUGGGCCUGUUUCCACCAAUGCCCGGGGAGCAAAGUUCAUUACGAUGGAGUGGACAGAAGUAUGAAGAAGUGCCAGUUGUCCAUAUUAAAGCCACUUACAACAACACUCACAUCCAGGUCACACAGCCCGACAAUAAGUAUAUAACGCGUACAUCCUGCGGGACGGAGGGCUUCAGAAAUGCCAAGAAGAGCUCUUCUGUAGCGGCUCAGACAGCCGGCAUCGCAGCAGCAACUAAAGCUGUUGAUAAAGGAGUUGUACAUGUCCGAGUGGUAGUAAAAGGCAUGGGACCAGGAAGAGUGCAUGCCAUCAAAGGGUUAACCAUGGGAGGACUAGAAGUGAUAUCCAUUACAGACAACACCCCCAUCCCUCACAAUGGUUGCCGUCCACGCAAAGCGCGCAGAUUGUAAACAAGAUCGCAGUGGGAAGGAUGAAGCGCACCCUGCGGCGAUUCCAACAGGACGUUCUGUAAAGAAGAAACAGCAAUUCGCUCCAUAGGGUUUUUGCUGACAGGCGGCACAGUCUUGUAUCAUGAUGUCAUCUUCUGUGAAAAGAGAUCUUUUUCUUUCUUUUUGCUCUGUUUAUACAGACUGGUCUGUGGACUCUGAGGAGGAGAGCCCGAUUUUUGCGAAAAAAGGUUUUUGUCCUGCUUUUAAGAUGGCUGUAAUAAAAUGUCAGGAAAAUGUUUGAGCUAGCCUUUUGUGUAGCGAGCGCCUUGUGCAUUUCUUCUUUUCUUCUGUGUCCUUGGAAAUUACAUGAGAAUUUGUGUUCUGUUCAAAGAAUCACCACAUAGAAAAUGACUUACCAACAAUAGGUUAUUCUUUGGCAACAUUCUGCAGAAAAGCCAUUGUAAACUAGAACCCCCCCCCCCUCUCCUCCCCAAAAAGUGAAUUUGGAAUUGGCAUUUUUAUUCUACAAAUUUGAAUAGCUUUUUAUAACGUUGUAAAGCAUGAUUGUUCAUUUUCCAGGUCAGUCCCGCGUCGGUAGAAAAUUGUUAAUGCUGAUUUUAAGGCUUUUUUUUUUUUGUUUUGGUUUUUCUUCAUUGACAUUAGGAACAUAAGUACAUCAACGUUAUCUUGUUGUCCACAGAAAUGGUCAAGAACCAUUUCUCCAGGUGCUCCUGUGCAAUAUUUUUAUGUUGGUAUUUUCCCCCUCAAAUUGCAUAUAUAGAUUUAUAUAUAAUUUUUGUUCAUAUGAUGGCACGCCUUGUUUUUAUUUAAAAAA